AUGUGUGAGCUGGCCCUACCCAAGUGUACCGGCCAUCAAGACUGUGGUCUGGCACUACACGACUUCAGGAUUGGCUGCCGAUCGGAACUGUUUGGCCGACAAUCGGAUGACAACAACAACAACAACAACAACGGAUGUACAGAUGAGUGUCGCAUAUCGGUGCUCAGGCUAACCAAAUCUGCACUGGGAGUCAACUAUCUGUACUGCCGGUGCGGUGAAAGUUCGUACUGUAAUCUAAUACAGAAACGAUUGAAACGAUGUUAUCCACAGUCAUCGUCGUCAUCGCAGUCGGAUAUGACCGAUUGUCAUACUAUUGAACUGUAUUGUCGGGCCGAUGCUAACUGUGCACAACUAUGGAGUACCUAUAGGGACGCCUGCGGACCGGUAGUAGUAGUCAACAGUAACAAUGGCAAUGACGGCCUCUGUGACGGCAAAUGUGUCGACUCGUUUGAUGUACUAAGCAAUGAGAUUGCUAUGCAGUUUGGCACUGACCUACUCAAGUGUCGAUGCAAUAGCAGCAACAACAACAAUUAUUGGUUUUAA